UCGUAGCUGAAAAGAAAUCGAUAUCUCUCGGGCUUGGAAAUCUGGUAGAAACUGUCGCCAAUGUUUUAGGCCUAAAAAGCAUGAAGGGUGUGAGUCCAAAUUCAUAUUUGGCCGAACUUGGAAUGGACUCCAUGAUGGCCGUGGAAAUUAAGCAAACUCUGGAACAAGAAUUCGACAUAUUUUUCUCUGCGCAAGAGAUACGAAAUCUUACUUUUACCAAGCUCAGUGAGAUAUCCAAUGCAAGUGCAGAUAAUACGCAGGAUAAACUUGUUUAGAUUUCUCGACUAAAAGACAGAAAACUACAACCGAAGUA